CCCGCCCGAAACCUACCGUUCACAGAUACAGAAGAAAUACAGAGAAAGCGAGAGAGAGAGAAAGUGAGAAGAAGAAGAAGAAGAAGAAGAAAGUAGCGCGUAGGGAUGUCUGGGUGGGAUGAAGGAGCCGUAUAUUACAGCGAUCAAGCACAGUUCCCCCGCGAGGGCGGCGGCAGCGGCGGCGAUCCAGACCAAGCCUCCAGCCGCCACGCCGUCCUCCGCAAGUUCAAAGAGUUCAUUAGAGGCUUUGAGACGGACAAGAAUGUCUUCCCCUACAGAGAAAGCCUCGUUCACAACCCCAGGCGUCUUCUUGUCGAUAUGGAGGACCUUAAUGCCUUCGACGCCGAUCUCCCCUCCAAACUCCGCGCUUCACCCGCCGAUUACCUGCCUCUUUUUGAGACGGCGGCGGCGGAAGUUCUCGUGGGUUUAAAGUCGAAAGUUGCCGGAGAGACUGGUGAAAUGGAGGAUCCGGAGACUGGGGAUGUGCAGAUUUUGCUGACGUCAAAGGAGGACCCAGUGUCGAUGCGAUCACUCGGGGCUCAAUACAUUUCAAAACUUGUUAAGAUAGCUGGGAUCACCAUCGCUGCUUCAAGGACCAAAGCCAAGGCGACUUAUGUGACUCUAUUGUGUAAGAACUGUAAAAAUGUGAAGACAGUUCCAUGUCGACCUGGCCUUGGUGGGGCAAUUGUUCCCCGCUCUUGUGAUCAUAUUCCUCAGACUGGAGAAGAUCCCUGCCCCCUUGAUCCAUGGAUUGUUGUACCUGACAAAAGCAAGUAUGUUGAUCAACAGACCCUUAAAUUGCAGGAGAAUCCUGAGGAUGUCCCUACUGGGGAGCUUCCUAGAAACAUGCUUCUGUCUGUGGAUCGACAUCUUGUUCAAACGAUUGUACCGGGCACCAGAUUAACCAUCAUGGGAAUUUACAGUAUUUAUCAAGCUGCAAAUUCUUCCACCUCCCACAAAGGAGCAGUUGCAGUUAGACAACCUUAUAUCAGAGUUGUAGGAAUAGAAGAAGCUAAUGAGUCCAGUUCUAGAGGUCCUGCUGCCUGCACUUCAGAAGAAAUAGAAGAAUUCAAAAAAUUUGCCUCAGAUGCUGAUGCAUAUAAAAAUAUAUGUUCAAAGAUUGCUCCAUCUAUAUUUGGUCAUGAUGAUGUUAAGAAGGCCGUAGCUUGUCUGCUGUUUGGAGGAUCGCAGAAGCGUUUGCCAGAUGGUGUGAGGUUAAGAGGUGAUAUCAAUGUGUUGCUUUUGGGUGACCCGUCUACUGCUAAAUCACAGUUCCUUAAGUUUGUUGAGAAAACAGCUCCAAUAGCUGUGUAUACUUCAGGGAAAGGAUCAUCUGCUGCUGGUCUUACAGCUUCUGUUAUCCGAGACAGUGGCUCUCGUGAAUUUUAUCUGGAAGGAGGAGCCAUGGUUUUGGCAGAUGGCGGUGUUGUCUGUAUUGAUGAAUUUGACAAAAUGAGGGCAGAGGACAGAGUUGCUAUUCAUGAAGCCAUGGAACAGCAAACAAUAUCCAUUGCCAAAGCAGGAAUAACAACCGUUCUCAACUCUAGAACCUCUGUUCUUGCAGCAGCUAACCCUCCAUCAGGGCGUUAUGAUGAUCUCAAGACCGCUCAGGAUAACAUUGACUUGCAGACAACAAUUCUCUCAAGAUUUGACUUAAUCUUCAUUGUGAAAGAUAUCAGGAUGUACAGUCAGGAUAAGAUUAUAGCUAGCCAUAUCAUAAAAGUUCAUGCAUCUGCUGACGCUGCCUCCGGCGACGCCAAAGCCUCAAGAGAAGAGAACUGGCUGAAGAGGUAUAUACAAUACUGUCGUACUGAGUGCCACCCUCGCCUAUCAGAGUCUGCAUCAAUAAUGUUGCAGAAUAAUUAUGUUAAAAUCAGACAGGAUAUGAGGCAGCAGGCAAAUGAAAGUGGGGAGGCAGCUGCAAUACCAAUUACUGUGAGACAGCUAGAGGCUAUUGUAAGGUUAAGCGAGGCACUUGCGAAGAUGAGAUUGUCGCAUGUGGCAACUGAAGAGAAUGUUUUAGAAGCAAUCAGGCUUUUUAAUGUUUCGACAAUGGAUGCAGCAAGAUCUGGAAUAAAUCAACAUAUGAAUCUUACUGCUGAGAUGGCAAAUGAGAUAAAGCAAGCAGAGACCCAGAUAAAGAGAAGAAUGGGAAUUGGAAGCCACAUAUCAGAGAGAAGGCUGAUUGAUGAUCUUACAAGGAUGGGGUUGAAUGAAUCUAUUGUCCGAAGGGCUUUGAUAAUUAUGCAUCAGAGAGAUGAAGUGGAGUACAAGCGAGAAAGACGUGUUAUCGUUCGGAAAGCUUAACAUUUUUUUUUUAUUGUAACAAUUUAUUUCUCUCUAAUUGAAUCGAGACUCCAGAGAUGUAGUUGAUUCCCAGUUGGGACGAUGUAUUUCUUUGCCCAAAACCUUGAAUGUAAUUCCAAUGCCCCCAUUUUAAGCA